GUUCAGACAGCAAUAGCGGUCGGUGAGGCUGUUGCUGGAGUUCUUCCAACACAUCGUCAGUGCACCAUUGAGAUUAAAAAUGAAUCCUCCCAGUACAGCCUGUCUGAACCCAGUUACCAUAUCAUCAGUGGUAAGUGCACUGAGCCUUUGGUAGCUCAUCUCGAUCCAUCUUCGACUGGGACUGCACUGUUCAUCAAGACCCCCCACUCUGCUCGAGGAGCCGUCGGAGUCUUCACUUACAACCUCUGCAAUGAACAAACAAAACAGACCACUGGGAAGAUGGCUGUCAUGUUCUCCGUUCCCUAUGACUACAGCCUGUACUCAAACUGGUACGCUGUGGGAAUCUUUGACAAUAGCACAGAGUGUAAUCGUAACCUUUAUGAUCAGAUGUACAACGGCAGCACAGAUGGUCCGUUUGUCAGGGGGAAAGCCAGCGGUCCCAGUCUCAAAUACCAGAAAGAUCAGGUUUCCAUCAUGGCUACAAUGUCAGAUGCUAGCACAUCAAUGAUUAAAGUGCAAGUGAAAGACAACUGGAAUGAUGGAAUUCAGAUGUGCUAAAAUGUUUGAAGGCAACUGGCCUUUUUGACAAUAUUCUGCUCUGUCUCUUUUUGAAUUUGUACACAAUUCUGUCAAAUGUAACCUUGAACAUGAAGAAUCAGUAUCUGUUUGGCUCAAUAUGAUCCCUCAUUUGCUUUUGUUUUAUAGCGACAGUAAUAUGACAUAAGAAUGUGGAGGCACAACAUGCUAAAAACGUAUGAUGGCACAUGCAUUGCAUUGAGCAUGAUCUACUCUGGAAACAUAAUAAACAUGAAAAGUCAGUUUA